AUGGGGGCCUGGAGAGGGGGAUUUCUCCUUCCCAAAGCUUGGCCAGAUGAAGGAGGCUGCGAGGAAGAGGAAGAUGCCACAGGCCCCCCGGGCAGCGGGGAGGAAAAGAGCAGGAGAUCCUUCAGGAGGAGGGGCUCCAAAGCCAGCCCAGGGUGCUCUGAGGAGGAAAGACCCAGCCUGUACUGGGAAGGUGGCCGGAGCUUGAGCCGGAGCUCCGAGCUGGUGGUGCAGGAGCGCGUCACUGCCGUGGAGAAGACCUACAAGUGCCCCAGCUGUGGGAAGAGCUUCUGCAACAGCUCCAACCUCCUUGCCCACCAGCGUGUCCACACGGGGGAACGGCCCUACGAGUGUGCGGAAUGUGGGAAGACCUUCAUCUAUGGCUCCCACCUCUUCACCCACCGCCGGGUGCACACGGGGGAACGGCCCUACAAGUGCUUGGAAUGCGGGAAGGGCUUCAGCGUCAGCUCCCGCCUGAUCCGCCACCAGCAGAUCCACACUGGGGAACGGGGGCCCCAGCCCUACAAAUGUGGGGAAUGCAAGAAAAGCUUCACAUACAAUUCUCAACUCGUCAUCCACCAGCGCAUGCACACGGGGGAGAAGCCAUACAAAUGUGGGGAAUGCAAGAAAAGGUUUAGAGACAGCUCCGGCCUCAUCACCCACCAGCGCAUGCACACGGGGGAUAAGCCCUACAAGUGCUCAGAAUGUGAGAAGAGCUUCAGCGUCAAAUCCAACCUGACCCAGCACCAGAAGACCCACACUGAGGAAUGGCCCUACCAAUGUCUCGAGUGUGGGAAGAGGUCUCGGAGCAGCUCGGACCUCCUCAAGCACCAGCAGACACACACGGAUGAGAGGCCCUUCCGCUGCACUGACUGCGGGAAGGGCUUCAAACGCAACUUCACCCUCGUGAAGCACCGGCACAGCCACACCGGGGAGAGGCCCUACAAGUGUGAGGAGUGUGGGAAGAGCUUCAGGCAGAGCUCUGACUUGAUGACACACCAACGGACCCACCAGUAAGAGAAGCCCUGCGAGUGCCCCGACUGCGGGAAGAGCUUCAUCUGCUGCUCCAACUCCAUCACCUGUCGGAGGACUCACCUUGGGAACAGGCUUGGUGACCCACAUUCCCAGUGACCCACCUUGGGAAGACCCCUGGCUGGUGGACUGUGGCAGGAUAGUCCCAGCCUGGCCAGGCCCAAGGUCCAAUCAAGCUCAUAAUCAAGCUGUCAUACCAGAUCAACUGCUGGAGCCAGGGUGUUGUCUCGGUGUUAACUCUGCUAAAACCAUCCUGGUUGGUCCAACGUUGAACACACACCCUGCUGGUUGAAGUCUGAGUUGACAGAUAAGCUGAGAGCUGGCUUGGAAAGGUGGGCCUGGCACUCACCUAUAAAAAGUCCAGUCCCCUCUCAUGCAGUCGGGUUCUUCCUGACAAAACCCUCUCUGGGGGGUGUGUGGAGAUUCCUCCCUUGGCUGGGGACGCCCUCCAAGGUCACUCCUUGAGGCUGAGAGGAAGAUCUCCCCACGAGCAUUGGUCUGGGUGAGUUACAUCAGAUCUCUACUUAAUAAUUAUUUGUUUUCCAGCUUUAGUAGAACUGCUUCAAUAAAUGCUUUGUUACAGUGCCCUGUACUGCUUUAUGCUGUAUUAGACUCUACUAGUAGACUUUUAGUGUUUAUAUUGUUUUAGUGUUUCUGUUGUGCAGUAAAUAGUUCUGAUUAGGGGUUUUUGUCUGAUCAUUUGUAUAAAGUACAUUAUUCAUUUUAUAUAAAUAUUCUUGUUUUGCCAUCAUUAAAACCUGCAGGACAAAGUGGUUUAAGAGCUCUUUAAUUCCUUUAAAUUUAAACUGUGAACACAGUCUGGGGCUAAGAGAGGAUUCAGCUGCACCCAA